AUCUAGUGCUUGGAAGAGAGUGAGAGAGAGAGAGAGAGAGAGAGAGAGAGAGAGAGAGAGAGAGAGAGAGAGAGAGAGAGAGAGAGAGAGAGAGAGAGGGGGCAGCACAACUCGUGCCAGGGGUGUGGUUAGUCGAGAGAUAGAAGUAGAAGUAGAAGUAGAAGAGGUGCAAUUUGCGCCAACGACAUGGCGGCGGUCGGAAGGCAAGCGUUAGUUCUCGGAGCACUGAAGGAGAGGGUGACUCUCUUAGAGGCGCGCAUCGGCGAGGGAGACCCCGCGGACCUUCCGCGGGUGGCGAGCAUGGAGGGCGGAGGGGAGGACGGAUACGAGAACGAGGCAGGAAAUGGAAUAGGAGGAGAGAAGAACGUGAGGUUAACGACGAAGGGGGAUGGUCAGGUGAAGGCAAAGGGGGAAGAAGAUGUUCCUCCUGCACCUAGUCGACAAUCGGAGACGAUCGGCGAGAAGUGGAGACGACUUUCACGAUCAUUCUAUUCUCGAGAGACGACUCCCGCGCGCGAGUUCCGCCAGCUGUCUUCUACUCUGGCGGCGCAAUCUCCUCAAUCUCCUUCUGCUUCUACUCCCUCUCCUCCCCCUCCUCCUGCUGCUUCCGCUCCUGUCCAACCGACGUCUCCUAGAUUUACGCGAACGGUCUCUGCGCAUGCUGCGCGGCCUUGGGCCUCUCGUAAUAGUCCUCUUGCUACGGAUCGCAGCGAGCGAAGUAUGGUUCGCUCUCAUAGUUCCCAGAUGAUGAUGCCAUCGUCAACAUCGGCUAGGAGGGAGGUGGUCCUCGCUAGCGACGAGUGGCUAUCUACCACCAAGAAGACGUACAGAGCUGUGCUUGAGCUUUAUAAUCGAGUACGGAAGCGAACUCCAACCGUGGUGGCGUCGGACUUAGAGGGACGGUUGCAGAGACUUGACGCUCUCCAUCAAAAACAGCUCUUGGCUGUUGCCAUGCUCGAUGAGCGGUGUAAUGUCCUUCUCAACUCUUACAAUACGGCAAUUAGGUCCAUAGCUUGCAAGCUGCUUCAGUGGGACACGACUCUCUCGGCAUGGGAGGAGUCGAUUCAGAAAAUGGCGCCGCCGAAAAAGGACGAAAGCGGAUGACGUCAACGAAAUUACUUUCUUCUUUUGUUUCUUCCGCUCUCUGUCUUUCUCUCGCUGACCGGCGGAGUGAGCGAGCGAGCGAGUGCGCGAGGACCGCGCACGGCGGAACGGGGCGGGGCGGGUUGGCGGGGUCGUGUGCAAUUCGCUAACGUACCUGGGGGGGAUAUGAAUGAGACAUCCGUCGUUUCCCAUUGAGAAAAGAGGAGGGCAUCGCUGUUCUUGCUUCCACGUGGAGAGUAUCACGAGGAGGGUGCAGACCAGAUUGCUUGCUCCUGCCGCUGCCGUGCUCCUGUCACCUUUCUUCAACGCGCUGUUCUUUGCUUCCGGUUGCCGCCGCCUCCCCGACUCUUCCCAAUUCCCGCGGGACACUCCAUUCAUUCUGCCCUUUUCUUCCGCCUACGUCACGUCGUAGCAGCAUGGCUUGCUCGGUGGAAGAUAAGGGGGGAAGCGGGGGUAGACUGGGAGGAGGCGGGCGGGGGCGGUUUAUUACUACCACCCACCCACAUCUCGUCUGACGAUGUGGCCAGUGUAAAGUCCCCCAUCUGGACGGGACUGACGGCGACAGGAGGGAGAACACCCGUAAUGGAGGCACAGAUGAAUGUGAAGAAGAAGAAGACGUGGAGAGAGUGAUGACCAUGAGAGCUCAGGGCGCUCAGGGCUUACGUAUCUCUGCCCUUGAGAGGAGUUUUGCGAGGUGCCCAAGGUACAUGUCACCAAGAUUUGGAUGAAGAUGACCAAGGUGAACUGUAAAACAGAGGUGACGUCGACGGCUCUCGCCUCUGUCAACCGAUGUUUCCGACACACACACACACACACACACAGAGACAGAGAGAGAGAGACAGAGAGAGAGAGAGAGAGAGAGAGAGAGAGAGAGAGAGAGAGAGAGAAGAGGAGAUGUGGGGGCUAAUGGCAUCGUUAAUUGACGCUCAGAGAGAGAGAGAGAGGAGAUGUGGGGUCUAAUGGCAUCGUCAAUUGACGCUCUGAGCGCCACGUGUAAAAGAUCUCCCAUGAUUUGUAAGGGCAACGACACGUGUAAGCAUCUCAUGUGUGCCGAACCGAAUCAGCUCGAAUCGAGUUGGCGUGAUUUGGCGGGAGAAGCUGCGGGUGUUCUUGUCCCGAAUUAGUGCCCCAGCAUCACAAUAAAGAGUAUUGUCAAGGCAAGUUCUGCGGUCGCAUUCAGUCAUAUUAUUCCUGUAAGAACGGCCUUGUGUUCCAAUCUGGAAGAAACCGGCAGGAGACGGAAUUGGUCGGUAAUGGAAGAGGGGACGUGUGUGGAAACCGCAAAGGAACGGAAUCAGUCGGUAAUGGGAAAAGAGGGUACGUGUGUGCAAUGUACAGAGACAUCGAGCACGCCGCCACCUACUGAGUGGAAAGCUGGGCGUCCGCAUCUCGGACCCGACGGACAUGGUUGAAACCAGACCAAUAGGAUUGCCUUGUGCAUGACGGGAUCAGUAUCUGGGCGACGGGACUGGUCGCACGUGCUGACGUGGGAUAAACGUAAGCGGGCGUG